AUGCCUGUUUACGACAUACCUAGAACGGAUAUUUUUUUCGAAAUAAUAGAACCUAAAGAAUUAGCAUACACUUAUAAAAUUCAUCCAGCUCAAGAUUUUGGUACAACAUUUAACGAAACGUUUUCUGUUAAAAACGUACCUCUCGUACCUACUGAUCCGCCACACGCAUGUGAUAAAAUAUUAAAUUCUGCCAAAUUGUAUAAAAAUGUCGCUUUAGUCGAAAGAGGAGAGUGUAGUUUUUUAUCGAAAAGUAUUAAUGUUGAAAAAGCAGGUGCGCUUGCAAUUAUUGUAUCAGAUCAUGAUAAAGAUAAUGAUGAAUUAUACAUUGAAAUGAUUGAUGAUAAUACAUUGAGACCUGUUAACAUACCUGCCGGAUUUCUAUUAGGAAAAAAUGGGCACAUAAUAAAAUCAACAUUAAAGAGAUUAAAUCUCAAUCAUGCAUUAAUUAAUUUACCAGUUAACGUUAGUCAUCUCCCAUUAAAUAAAUUUAAUCAACCUCCAUGGGUCGGAUGGUAA